CAAGCCCAGUGGAGACCAGGCUCUGCUCCUGGGGGCUUUAAGGAGGCUGAAAAUCGUUUUGUUGCGGGUGUGUAAGAAGAGACAAAAGUGCUCAGCAGGUAAGAGCGGAGGGUUUUGCCAAGAAGGAACUGUCCUUGAUCGCUGUGACAGGAUUGACUCGCUGGGGACUCCUCUCUCGGGAGCAUCCACGCGUCCCCGAGGGGAUUGCCUGUCUCCUCUCAUCAGCAUCACGGCGAGAAGUUUUACAGCCGCUCUUUCUAGUCCUGCUAAUCCUGUUAUCCGGGGGGUUAUAAAUAUUAACGUCGUUGGGGCUGGGGAUGGGGGACCCAAAUAAGCCCUCUCUGAAGUAAGAUGUCAGCCAGCCUUUUCCCAGCCCGCCAGCGCCCGGCGCUGCUGCAUGAGCUGCACGGCAGAGCCCCGCAAGCGCCCUGCCCGGAGGGGCUGCUGGGCACCUCGGUGCUGGAUUUCGUGGCCGACCUGUCCCUGGGCAGCCCCCAGGGAGCCCCCCGGGCUGGGGCGGGCCUGGGGCUCUGCGAGGUUACCACCGGGCCUCCCUUCGGGGACACAGUCCUGUCGCUUCGGGAAGGGAUGGCCCGAGGUUUGCCCCUGGCUGCUUUCGGAAAUGGGGAUCCCGAAUACGAAGAAGAAGAGGAAGAGGAAAGGAUGCCCAGCGCUUCCCUCCUGGACAGACCUAGGAGAAAACGGGUCAUCACCUACGCCCAGCGCCAGGCUGCCAACAUACGCGAGAGGAAGAGGAUGUUCAACCUCAACGAGGCUUUUGAUCAGCUCAGGAAGAAGGUGCCCACCUUCGCCUACGAGAAGAGGCUCUCUCGGAUAGAGACCUUGCGCCUGGCCAUAGUGUACAUCUCCUUCAUGACUGAGCUUCUGGACGGAUGCAGCAGGCAGGAGGCUAGCUAG